AUGUCGUUCCUCAAAUUGACCGGAAAGGAAACCACAAAACCAACGUUUGUUCCGGUUCCCACAUCGUUGCUUGAUGCCGCGGACGUGGUCUCGGACGACUUGUGUUCGUACAUGUCGCCUCUUGCGGGCACUGAUAUGGCCUCGGACUAUCUUGAUAGUCCACAGGGAAUGUCAUCACCUCAUAUAUCAGACGCUAUUGGUAUGAUUGGACCCAUGGUGGCCGUUCCACCUUCGACAGCCAUUCCGAAUGUUGUGGAUCUUAAGGGAUUUUCGAUGGAAAGCGGCAUGCACAACCCUCUGAGCGACAAGGACAAUAUCAAUGUGUUUUUUAACGAGGCAGACUUGAAUACUUUGCUGGUGCGAAAAACUACAGAUGAGACUUUGAUAGAGGAGCUCAAUGCUUGGAAUCUCGAAGGGUACGUUAAGAAAGACUCUAUACCAGGUUAUGUGUUAGAGAAACGAUUACCAGAGACCAAAAAAGGAUUCAUCGGUGCCUAUAUGGGAUUUGAAAUUACCACUAGGAGAAAAAUGCUUAUAUAUUUCACACCAGCAGCUUCUCUGGGAAGUAUUGCUAGACUGAUUAACCAUUGGUAUGUAUGUUCGGAGCAUUGUCAUGGACUUGAGGCAGUUGAACAUAUGCUUGAUGGAGAACUCUACAGCCCGUCUUGUGAUAUUCAAGGAUCGACUUUAGCUGGAAUGAAAGGCGUUUUAUCUAUUGACAACUUAGUGUUUCUUCCUGAGUCAAAGGGACUGGCGCUCAUAGCUGUGGACCCAACCGAAGGAAGAGCGACUACUCUGGCGACAGUUUUACCGAUUGUGGAUAAAAACAUUGGAGAAAUGGGUUCUGGAACUGGAUUGGCAGUACAUGCAGAUUAUAAACACUCCCUGAUUCCACGUUCUCGUGGGGAUGUGGUCAUGGUUCUGAGGUAUGGCUUGAAAGUGUUGGAGGUGAUCAAUAAUGUUCACAUUCGGGGCUUCACUCACAACGGAUUAAUUCCAACCAAGAUAUAUAUCGAUAAAGAUGACAAUAUCCAAAUAGGAGGCUGGGAUUUUGCAUUUUCUUUGAGGUCAGAGCAUUUGAAGAAUCCGUUCAGAGCAGGAAACAGAAAACAAACAAGUGACUGGAUCCCUUACAUGUCUCCGGAAAGCACAUCGGAAAUGAACAGACCCAUGGAUUUCAGAUCUGAUUUCUACUCUUUUGGAGUUAUUCUUUAUGAGCUGCUGGUCAGUCGUUUACCGUUUUUUACUGAUGAUGUAUCACGCAUAAGCAUCAUGCACGUCCUGCAGAAGCCCACCAUUCCUGAUGCCGCCUAUGAGUGGAUCCCACCUAAUUUGCGGAACAUAGUGUUGGCUUUGCUGGAGAAAGAACCUGAUGGUAGAUACCAAAGUGCCAGUAUAAUAAUGAGAGAUCUCAACAAAGUUCUCAGAGAAAUAUCCCCUUCUGAUGCCUUCCAGGAGAUUCCUGAUCCGUUGCCGGCUUACAAGUUUCGGUUCCCUAGACGGACAUAUGGACGUGAAGACGAUAUAAACAGAGUUACCGAGCUGCUAUAUGGCAGCGAGAAAGCAGCUUCAGCUAUAAUGUUAACAGGUCCAAGGGGAGUCGGCAAGUCAAGAAUGCUGCUGGAUUUGAAAUCAAUUGUCAUAGGCAAAAACGAGUUUUAUGCUUAUUGGAGAUCAGACAAGUUCCAACAGACAGGAUCUGUGUAUACGUCCCCCAUCUAUGUGUUGAGACAGGUUAUUCACCAGAUAAUGGGCUCGAACAGAACAAACAUUGCCAAGUGGAGAUCUGCUCUUGUGAACAAUAUCAAAAUCGACAUGUCCAUCAUGUUCAAUGUGAUCCCGGAACUGAAGGAGCUUUUGGGAAAACGCUACCUUGAAACACUACCGGACUCUAAGAAGCUGUUGCGAAGCGAGUACUUAUCUUUACAGCUUGAGUCUACUUACAAGCAUACUAUCAAGUGUAUGUUUGGACUUUUUUCCAAAAAAGGGCUGACCGUAUGUUUUGAUGAUAUACACAGAGCAACGCCGGGAGAGUACAUGAUAGUGGAGGAGAUCUAUCAAUUUGUGUCUUCAGAAUACGCACCCACUGAGGCAAAGCUAGUACUGGUUGGCUCGUAUGAGACCAACAACGAGCAGUACAAGUUCUACAGAGACUCUACUCCCUUUGAAGUCUUUACGAAUUCUUUCAUAGAGUACGAAAUCAUCCCAUUGGAUAAUCUGGGGAUGGAUUCGCUGAAAGAGUAUGCUGCAAACUGCAUUCAGGAAGCGCAUGUCAGCAAGACGAAUAAAGCAAUUGCCAAGGAUUCGUAUGUUGUGACUGGCUCUAAAGAUGUUUUUGUUGAUUUCAUGUUGCGACUCCUGCCUCAGUACGAAGACCCUUCGGUGAAGCUGAUGAGUGACAUCCUCAUGAGAUACACCAAUGGUAAUCCAUUGAUGGUGGAAAUUACUACAAGAGCAAUGCUAGUGAACAGGAUAUUGAGGAUGCCUGCUCCUGAUAUAUCUGACAGUCACACAGUCAAAAUGACUCAGUUGAAAGUCGACAAAGAAGUCUUGAAUAAGGUAUCACUGCCAUCGAGCGCUUCAAAUCUCUUCGAAAGAUCGUUUAAACCUCGUAAUGACACCACGACAUUGAGAUACGCAGCUUGUAUUUCCGGUGGAAUGAUAUUCUCAUUGGCUGAUUUGGUUACUGUUAGCCAGAAAUCUCUGGGAGACGUUUGCAGUGACUUGAAUGUCGCCAUGUCAUGGGGAGCCAUAUCGGCCAACACAAUAUUUUACAAGUUUCCGUUUCAUCUUGUUGGAGAUGAAAGGUUUGCAGUUGAUUUUACAGCGGAAGAUGUUCAAUUUAUGGCUACUGCUGCAACCUUUCAAUUUGUUCAUGAAAGUUUCCAGGAUAUCAUUUUAGAGGAUCUGAAUAAAACUGGCAAUCUACGGACAUACCAACGACUGUGUGGCCUGAGGUUAUACGAAUCGCUGUCAAAUCGGUCUGUGACUGCGAGUACAUAUUUUGAGCUGGCUCAAUUUUUUAUGGCAUCUUAUGAAAUUGCCAAAGAUGAAGAUAUCCCAAUCUAUGUUGAUGUGAUGACCACAGCAGGCUGGUUUGCAUAUGGUGGCUACGACUUCGAGCUGGCUCUGAGAUACUUCGAAAGUGCCAAAAAGCUUCUACAGAAAGAUAAAGAUUCUGACUUGUUGAAGAGACUCAACAUCAUUGUUUUUCAAGUUUUGUUUGCUUAUGGACAGUAUGAGAAGGGCCUGAAGCUGGUGGAUAGUCUGGUUCAAGACUACAAUGAUCCAAUUGACAGGACUCAAUUUCUCCAUUGCAAACUACGUUCACUUGUCAGACUUGGACGUCUGGAAGAAAGCUUCAAGAUUGGACUGGAAGCUCUUGAGCUUUUGGGAAGUGAGAUUCAUGAUGAUGAGAAGUGGUGCGAGGAAUAUGUCAUGGGCACACUCGUUCCCUCGCUACCUCGUUCAUUCAGUGAAAUCAGGAGACUAGGAAUGUUACCUCCCCUUACUGACAAAAAGGUGUAUUUUCACCAGUUGAUAAUGAACGAGAUUUUAACCGUCGGAUUUCAAAUCGGUAAGCUGUGGUUUGGAGGGGCUAUUUUGACGUUAUCAGUGAAGAAACUGAGUGAUUAUGGUCGUUCGGAGUGCUUUGCUUCCAUGAUUUCAAUUUAUGCUUCUUACGUAGCAUUGGAAAACCACAACCUUGGGUUAUUGCGUGCUCUUGAAUAUGAGAAAUUGGCCUUCAGAUUGCUCAAUCAGGCUCCAGCCAAUGAUGCAGUUCAAGUGUACAGAUGCUUCUGCUUCACUAUCGGACUUUUGGUAGAACCUGUUGUGGAUAUUUUAAGAUAUUCUGAGGUUUUCGUCUCUUCUGCAAGUCUGCCAUUCAACAGCAUCAGCAACAGCAACCGAUUUUCUGACUAUGGUUUCAAGACCAUCUGCUGGUUUUCAAUGGGGGUUUCUUUGACGGAAAUACUCCAGAAACUAGAAAACACACGGUUCAUGGGCCCAAAGGGACUGGAAAACAGCAAGUGUGCUGCUUCGUCACUGUGCUCCACGGCUGUGAAGAUUUUGAAAGGUGAAGUUCCAUUUGAGAGAUUUGACGAGGAUGCGUUUGGCGUCAGGAGGGAAUGGUUUGUGGACUUCGUCGAAGGAGUCCAUAUUCCAGACAUGAGAAGAGGAUUCUACACUUUCAGACUUAUGCUGGCAUCUGUUUUGGGAAAACAUGCACUUGCGGUAGAAAUAUUGAAAGAGAAGGUCAAGGCUUAUACACCAGAUCUUCCAGUAACGUUCCUCACUCCAAUCGUUACAUUUUGGGGCUUAUUGUCAUUGAUAAAAGCGGAUGCAAAUGAUUCGGUUGCUACAGAGCUGUCUAGCAGUUUUCGUCUCGACCUCAAAACGUUUUCGAAGUUCAACCCUUCUGCGUUUCUUUCCAAGCAUUUGCUGGUCACUGCCCUUGUCAGAGCCAAAGAGGAAACUUCCAGUCAGAUGGAGAUCCUUGAUCUCUUUGAAGCCUCUGUAUCAGCUGCAGUCAAGUAUAAUAAACUAUACGAUCAUGCUUUGGCCUGUGAAGAGGCCGGGCGCUGGCUUCUUACUGCAGACAGCAGAAUCCGUGCCGCAAAGUUUUUCAGAGAGGCCAUUAAAUUGUACACUGAAUGGGAUUCCCAGAUCAAAGUGGAUCAGUUGUUAACCGAAUAUGGCUCUUUGUUGAAGGAGAGUGAUUGGGCAGGUGUGGGAAUGGUGGGCUUGACCUUCAAACCCUCUACCUCCUCUUCACCCAUUAAUCAGCUCCGCCAUGAAAGCUUCUCUUCUGGCUCUGAAGCAGAUAAGAGCAGGAGAGGGUCCCUUAACAGGAACUUUAAAUUUACCGAAACAGGCUGGAUAUACCGCGAGAAUGAUGUUUAUGACACGGAAGAUGACUACGAGAGAGAUCCAACUGAUGCGGAGUACAUAUGCACGCCUGCAGCUCCGCACUCCGAGUCUUCCAAUGAUGCAUUCAGCACAGUGAGCAUGACCCUGGCCAUUAAAUCGUGUAUCGAUAUUUCUGAAUCUACAGAUCCUCGAUUAAUCGUGGCAAAGGCUCUAGAAAGCAUAACCACAAUUACCGGGUCUAAAUUUGGUGCUAUAGUCUUCGUUGGUGAGAGUGGUAAGAGGUACUUGGAAGCAGUUUUCACCGCUGAUGCGGGACUCAAGUUUUUCGAUAGGGAUCCAAUAUCCUCAAAGUCAGACAUUUGUCCGGUAAAUCUGCUCAAUGACUGUAUCAGACAAAAUAAGGUCAUCAACAGAGAAGAGGACAAGUUAUUUUUCGAUGGCCAUUACUCUGACAAUGAUCCAUACUUUGAAGAUAAUAGAGUUCGCUCUGCUCUCUGUUUCCCAAUCAGAAGCCAGAUGGAUGUGAUUGGAGCCAUUUAUCUGGAAGCCGAGCCAGUAUCCAGCAUGGUCAAGUAUGAUUCGCAGAAUACGGAUAUUGUUGGGCUGUUGUGCUCGCAAGCUGCAGUCUCCUUGGGUCAAGCCCAAUUAUACAAUCAGAUGUUCGUAGCGAAAAAGGCCGCUGAAGAUGCCACUUCUGAGAAAGAUAGUUUUCUGGCCAAUAUGUCACAUGAAAUUCGCACUCCGUUCAACUCAUUACUGUCUUGUGCUAUAUUCCUAUUGGAUACCAGUCUGACGGAGUUGCAGAGAGAAUAUGUCGAAACGAUUAAGAGCUCUGCCAUGGUAACUCUCAACAUUAUCGAUGGAAUUCUCGGAUUCUCAAAAAUUGAACAUGGCUCAAUAAUGCUGGAAGAUGAGCCUUUCUCUGUCAUAUCAUGCGUUGAAAGCGCAGUUCAGCUGCUCUCUGAGCAAGCCGCUUCCAAAGGAUUGGAGAUUGUGUACUGCAAUCGCUGCGGUGAUGUGGACAUGAUUAAAGGAGACAUAACUCGAUUCAGACAGAUAGUCAUAAAUCUGAUUGGAAAUGCUGUGAAGUUUACAACGGAGGGUUAUGUGCUAAUAGAAACCACCUGUCGUAUCGUGGGAACUGAGGGUCGCUAUGAGUUCAGCAUCUCCGUGCAGGAUACCGGGGUUGGAAUCCCUGCCAAUUCGCAUGAGAAAGUGUUUGGUAUGUUCAGUCAAGUUGAUGGGUCUUCCAGGAGAGUCCACGGCGGUGCUGGUCUGGGAUUGGCAAUCUCCAAGCGUCUGGCAAAUCUCAUGGGCGGUAAUCUCACUUUUGAGAGCGUUGAAGGCAGAGGCUCGACCUUUUGGUUCACCUUUGCAGCCAAUAUUGUCCCCGUGGAGCAAACAACGUAUCCUCAAUUUCAGGAUAAAAAGAUCUUGAUUGUUGGCGAAAAUAAACUUGGAAGGACUGCUUUGAAGGAGGAGAUAGAACGUUUAGGGUUUAGGGUUACCGUUUGCGAUUCGUUCAGUGGUAUGGAAAUUCUUAGCAAAGAUGGAGGUUUUGAGUUUGUAUUCAUCAACAUGCAUCUUUUAGUUGAUCGCUAUGAUGCCUGCUCGAAACUGAAGACAAAAAACCCGCAGACUACAUUCAUCCUCACCGCCCAGUUUGGUGUUUCCUUCCCGCAUGAGCUGAGCAGUACCGGAAUCUCCUCGAUUUUACUGAUUCCAUUCAAGAGAUCGAAAUUGCUCCAAAUACUGGAAGCUGAAUACAAGAUUGGAUCCACAAUUGAGUCCAAUUCUGAGUCCAAGGCUGAUAGUGAAGCCUCCAUUGAGACCGGUUCCAAACGGCGCACAGGAGCUGGUUCUGCUGACUCCAACAUGGCCCAGAACCAUCCUCUCUCCAUUUUGGUCGCUGAGGACAAUUUGGUGAACACAAAGGUCGUUUUGCGGCAUCUUGAAAGAAAAGGCUACAUUGCAGACCAUGCUAAAGAUGGCCAAGAGGCAAUUAAAAAAUGUGCUGAAAAAGUUGAAUCUACAGGCUCUAACUACGACCUGAUCCUAAUGGACAUCCAAAUGCCGGUGAUGGAUGGGGUUACCGCCUCUCGAGAGCUCAGCAGAUUAUACGCACAAGACGAAAGAUUUUUGCCGAGGAUUGUGGCAUUGACUGCCAAUGUUGCAGGAGAGGAUAGAAACCGAUGUCUCGAGAGUGGCAUGGACGGGUUUCUCUCCAAGCCUCUGCUACCAGAUGAUCUGGCCGUAAUCUUAGAAACAACUUUCUCGAGAAGGUGA